GAGAAGAACCGCAAAACACAUACUACCGUCCGUAUACAGUUACUACAUGCUAAACUACUGCUAGCUAACAUGAAAAAAACAUAAACAAAACCAACACAGUCACGUACAUAUACAUACAUAGUCUUCCUCUUUGGUCAUGUCCUCAUGGCACCAAAUUAAGGCACGCCUGAUUCAUUCGACGUCAAUUGAGACUAGACUAUAUAUAUAUAUAUACUCAAAAUUCACAAGCAUCCACCACCAUCACCGGAGAAGAUGUGAUCGAUUUCUUUGCAAUUGCCAUGUCGUCAUCGGAUCGCACUUGCCUCCUACCAUCACAGAGGCAUCUCUUUUGCCCCUAAUCGACUCCGCUUUCGCCGAUGAUUGAUGUUAUAGACUUUGCUGAUUACUUCUUCAAUGGACACCUCUUUCUUUGUCAAUCAAAAGGUAUGUUGCACGGGACCCAAGGAAAAGUUCUACCGUAAAAGACAAAUCAACUUAUAUUUUGGUUCCUAGGCAAGAUGAUCAAAAUCUUUCAAAUGUAGCUUCUUCAUAAGGAAACCAGACUUUUUAUGAGAAUGGAAUUGCUGGAAGUAAUGAUGUUGGAAAGAAGAAAGUACUACUUCUUAAAGGGAAAAGAAAGAGAAAUAAUCACCGUAUCUGAUUCAGAUAACAUGUCACAACAUCAUAGCAUAACGUCUUCAACUAAAACAAUUCUUAGCUCUACAGCUCUGAAACAGAAUCAGCAGCAUGAAGGUAGUGGAAGGAUUAUCAAAAGCAUACUCACAAACAAGGAUUUUCGACAAAGUCAGUCUUCCAGGGGCCAUUCUGAGCGGCAGAUCCAAACAUCUAAUUUAGAAAAAGAAAAACAAACCACUCGCACAGUUCAUGUGCAAUUGAUUUUGAAGGGCAUUGAUGGUGUGCCAGAGAAUAGGAUUACUGUGCAUGAUUUACAUGUUUCUGGUGAGAGACAGAAGAGGCGUUUUAGACAUAAGGAUAGGCCUGACCGUAGUGUUUGGACAAGUCGUUCCAAUGGAGGUGAUGAAUCUUUGUCAUCCUCAGCUUCUUCACAAUUAGAUCCUUUAGAAGGAGGUCAUGCAGAUGGCUAUUCAAUUUCGAGUGAGGGAAAGCAUCCUAGAAAACCUAGUACCUCUGCUUAUGGUUCUAAUGAGAAACAAGUUUGGGUCCAAAAAGCUAGUUCUGGGACCUAGAUUAUUUAGAUUGGUGAGACACAUUUCUUUCAUCAGGCCUAUAAUUUCAUAGCUUGGAAUGACGCUUGUUUUGUUGAUGAAUUAAUAUUAAAACUUAGAUGAUUGAUAUUCUUUAUUACCUUCUUAAAUUUCUCUGUGUGGCAUCAACAUUUUAGGAUAUAUUUAUGACUUCAUAUCACUCUAGAUCCAGUUAUCAUUGCUUUUUUUUGUUCCUUACUGUCACAAACAAUUUUCUCUAUAAUGUUAAUGUUGGUUCUUUUGAAUUUUUUUUUUAACUGUUAAAUGUGAUUUCACUUGAUUGUAAUGAAGAUGUAGAUGAUAUACUUUUGGCACGACUUUGUUUAACAGUGUUUCAAUAAUUGCAUUAUGUUUAUCAAGUCAAUAUCGAAAAUCUUUGUUUCAUUCACAUGCACAUGUAAAUGUAAAUGUUGGCUUAAUUUAUUUUCCAUUUUGUGUCGAAGUUAAUGAUUUUC